GUUCAGUUUCGGUUUUCAGUCCGCGAGACGGUCUCAAAGCCAACGGUCGCCCCAGUCGUUCCGUCGCAUCGUCGCAGUUCGAAACGUCACAAGUUCGAAUUACUAUAACGGUCAACCAAGUGCGAAUGAAAAUAUAUUUUCUUUAAAAAUGACGGACCAGCUAGCGCGUGUGCUUGGUGCUCAAUAAAAAAUAAAAUAAUAUUUAAAUCGAUAGUAAAUAUGGUUGCAUAGAUUAUUAUUAUCAUAUGCGCAACACGACAGGAGUGCAAUUGAAUUUUUUUCCACAGAGAGAAUCAAAGGCUUACGGCAAUUCGCAAUCGAAUAACUUUUAGUAUAUCUACAAAACAUUUUUGGAAAAACCAUCUUUUGGAUACGAUACGAACGAAUAUUACAACAACGACAAGAUGACUUGCGGCAUAUCGUGUGUCGACAAGACACUAAACAAAUCGUUUUAUCAUCUGGGCAUUUGCAUAGCCAAACAUCCGGGCUAUUUUGUGAUCAUACCCGUGAUGAUAACGCUGCUCUGCAUGACGGGCUAUCAGCAAUUAAAGUACCAAAUCGAUCCCGAAUAUCUGUUUUCACCCAUUAACGGCGAGGGUAAGGCCGAGCGUGCGCUUGUUGAGCAAUAUUUUAAAGUGAAUUAUACGCACCGCUUCAAUGUGGGACGCAUUACGAGGCCUGGUCGCUUUGGUCGUGUCAUUGUUAUACCCAAAGAUGGCGAUGAGAAUAUGCUGCGUCGCGAAAUCUUUAUGGAGCUGCGGCAAUUGGAUAAUCUUAUACAGAAUGCGACGACCACAUAUGAAGGCGAUACAUUCAGCUACAAGGAUAACUGUGCACGCUGGGAGAAUGAGUGCUUCGAGAAUGAUAUCUUAAACUUGGAUGUCUUAAUGGAUGAUAUCGAAUCGGGUCAGCUAAAUCUGACAUUUCCCAUUAUGUUCAAUCCUGUGACAUGGGAUGCGCACGCCUUUCCCGUAUUCUUCGGUGGCACUAAACUAACAGAGGAUAAUUAUAUUAUAAGUGUGCCAGCUAUACAAUUAGUUUACUUUGUCACUGCCGAUACAAAGCGCCAAGAUGCCAAGGGCGCCGAAUGGGAGGAAACCUUCUUGAGGGUCGUGGGCAAAGCUGAAAAUACGGGCAUGUUCAAACACAUAUCGGUAUCCUAUUUCGCCUCACGCACCCUGGACCAUGAGCUGGAGAAGAAUACCAAGACGGUUGUGCCCUAUUUUAGUUCCACCUUUCUGCUCAUGGGUUUGUUCAGCAUUAUAACCUGCAUGAUGGGCGAUGCGGUGCGCUCAAAGCCUUGGCUAGGCCUGAUGGGCAACAUCUCGGCUAUAAUGGCCACCCUGGCGGCCUUCGGCUUGGCCAUGUACUGCGGCAUUGAGUUCAUAGGCAUUAAUCUGGCGGCACCUUUUCUGAUGAUUGGCAUUGGCAUUGAUGACACCUUUGUGAUGUUGGCUGGCUGGCGACGCACACCCGCCAAGAUGCCCGUGCAUUUGCGCAUGGGUCACAUGAUGUCCGAGGCAGCUGUUUCCAUAACGAUUACAUCGGUUACAGACUUCAUUUCGUUUCUGAUCGGCAUCAUCAGUCCCUUCCGUUCGGUUAAGAUCUUUUGCACCUACUCCGUGUUUGCUGUCUGCUUCACCUUCAUGUGGCACAUCACCUUCUUUGCCGCCUGCAUGGCCAUUUCGGGCUACAGGGAACGGAAGAAUCUGCAUGCCAUAUUUGGAUGCAAAGUGAAGCCCCUGUCGGUGGCCAUUAAAGAGAAACGAAACUUCCUCUACAAGGCGAUUAUGGCUGGCGGCAUUGAUCACAACGAUCCGGAUAAUCCCAUCGAUAACAAGGAUCACAUGUUGAUGGCCUUCUUCAAAGACAAACUGGCAGCGGUAAUCAACAACAAAUGGUGCAAGAUAAUUAUCAUUUUGGCCUUUGCCAGUUAUCUGGCUGGAGCUUGCUAUGGCGUUACCCAGAUAAAGGAGGGCUUGGAACGUCGCAAACUUUCACGCGAGGAUUCGUAUUCGGUGGAGUUUUUCGAUCGUGAGGAUGAAUAUUAUCGCGAAUUCCCCUACAGAAUGCAGGUUAUUAUUGCGGGUCCCUUGAACUACUCUGAUCCCCUUGUGCAGGAGCAAAUGGAGAAUCUGACAAGCACUUUGGAGCACACCUCAUAUGUAACCUCUUCUUUGUACACCGAAUCUUGGCUGCGUUCAUUUCUUUCUUUCUUGGAUCGCAAUAACGAUUAUCUGAAUGAGACCAUUGACACUGAGGAAUCGUUUAUUGAGGCGGUCAAGGAGCACUGGCUAUUUCCCGGCAAUCCCUUCUCACUGGACGUGCGCCUGAAUGAGGACGAGACACAGAUUAUCGCCUCGAGAUUCCUUAUACAGGCUGUCAAUAUUACGGAUACCAAUCAUGAGAAGGAAAUGGUGCGCGAUUUGCGCAAAAUCUGCAAGGACUCGCCGCUAAAUGCAUCCAUCUUCCAUCCCUACUUUGUGUUCUUCGAUCAAUUUGAACUGGUCCGACCCGUUUCACUACAGGCCAUGGUCAUUGGCGCAAUCAUCAUGAUGAUCAUCUCUUAUAUAUUUAUACCCAACAUCCUCUGCUCACUGUGGGUGGCCUUUUCGGUUAUAUCGAUUGAGCUGGGCGUUGCGGGCUAUAUGGCUUUGUGGGACGUCAAUCUGGACUCGAUAUCUAUGAUCAAUCUAAUCAUGUGCAUUGGCUUCUCGGUGGACUUUACCGCUCACAUUUGUUAUACCUACAUGUCAUCCAAGAAACGCAGUCCCAAGGCGCGCGUCCGUGAGUCUCUCCACUCGCUUGGACUGCCCAUUGUGCAGGGUUCCAGCUCAACGAUUUUGGGCAUUAUAGCACUAUUGCUGGCACAGAGUUAUAUAUUUUUGGUGUUCUUCAAAAUGGUCUUUCUGGUCAUCUUCUUCGGCGCCAUGCACGGAUUGUUCCUAUUGCCGGUGCUGCUGUCGCUAUUCGGACCCGGCUCUUGGCUGACCUGGACGGGUCGUGACAAUGGCUCCGAUGAGGAGGUGGACGACAGUCUGGAUGAUAUGAAGCUGGGACAUGUGAUGGAGAAACCAUUUGCGCAGUCCUAUUACAUGCAGUAUCCCAGCAUGGGCAUAAAUGGACCCUAUGCCUAUGGCUCCAAGGGCUCCCUGGGUGCGCCCUACAAGGCCUAUGGCGGCGAUGAGAAGGAUCAGGGCUUGGGCACCUCAGGCGAGGACUCCUCGGAGAGCAGUUCUAGUCGCUCGCAGCGACGCCAGCAGCUGGCUUCCACUGUCGUUGCCGUGCCAGAGGAAGAUCCCGUCCAGACGCGUGGCGCCCGCUACGAGAAGGGCUGGCGACAUUCCAGCUAUCAGAACAUAUACGGCAAUAGCGGCGGCAUCGCACAGUUCCAGCCGCAGCCCGAUCUCUAUGGCCAGCAGGUGUCCGCCGCCGAGUGGCGUCAGCGUCUCGACGCGCACGAGCAGCAGCAUCAGCGGAACAAGCAAAAGCGCAAUCCCUACGAGAACUAUGAUGACCGGGAGAUGCAGCGCGCGCGUCGCAACUCCCACGGCGAUGUCAUCGAUCUGCACACGCCCACGCCCACCUCAUCGCUGGACGAGCGCAUGCGGCGACAGUAUCAGCUGCAGCAGCAGACGCUAAGCGCCGGCAGCGGCGACGACAGCAGCAGCUAUCGACAUCAGCCGGAGCUGAGUGCGCCACCGCUGGCCAGUAGCUCCGCGAAGCGCUACCAUCGCCGUCGCUCCUCGGAGGACUCGACGCGCUAUCAUCAGCGCUGGCCGGCGAACAUUGAGGAGCGUCGUGCGCGACGCGCCCAUUCGCCCAGUCAGCGACACUCGCAAUCGCAUUCCUAUACAGAGACUGCCGCCAUUGCCGCCAGCUUCGCCCAUCGCUCGUCCUCGCAUCACAAUCUCUACCAGCCGAGCAGCAAAGCGAUGCACCAGCCGCCCACAUAUCAAUAUGGAGAUUACUAAACAAUUUUGGUAAAUGCAGCGGGAAGUCACUUGAGAUUUAGCUUCCUAUCUUUAAACAAAUCAAAAAAAUAACAAAAAAUUUAAAAAAAAAAAAACAAA